UACUUUUUGGAAAAUAUUGAAAGAAUAUUACAAACAUUCAGUAGAUCUAGCAGUAUACAAGUUGAAAAUUUCUCUAUUAAUUCUAGUGUUGAACGUUUUACAGAUGAACCUCCACCAAGUUAUUUAGAAGCUAUUUCACAAGCUCCAGAAAACAAUGUUUCUAGAUCAGAAAUCGAAACACAAAAUGUUUCUAUUA